AAAACCUCAGAAUAUCUCCAAUUCACGAAUGUGAAUAAGUUUGAUCACAUUGAGCAAAUAUGAAUUCGAGAUGGGCCGACGAAGAAGAAGAAAAAGCUCUCAGACAGAAAGAGAAGGAAGAAAAAGCUAGGAAGAAGGCGCUUAAGCAACAGAAGCUCAAAGAAGAAGCAGAGCUUCGACGAAAGGAGGAAGAGGAAAAAGCUCGAGCGACAGAAGGCCUUAGACCGGCCAAAAGACAAAAGAUAGGUGAACAAGCGGAUGCCGAGAUCAGCACCGAUGACGACUCAAGGUCACAAUAUCGCUUCCCAAUGCCGUCAUGGGGGCCUUGCAGGCACUUCAAUGAGUUCGAAACGCUGAACUCGAUCGAAGAAGGCUCAUAUGGAUGGGUGUCACGAGCGCAAGAUAAGACGACGAAUGAAAUUGUAGCGCUCAAGCGUCUGAAAAUGGACAACCUGUACGAAGGAUUUCCUAUCACCGCGCUGCGAGAGAUCCAAACUUUGCAGCAAGCGCGGCACAAGCACAUUGUGAAGCUACUCGAGGUCGUGACCGGAGAUGCACUCACCGACGUGUACCUCGUCAUGGAGUUUCUUGAACACGAUCUGAAGACGUUGCAAGAGAACAUGGCCGAGCCCUUUAUGCUGUCUGAAGUGAAGACAUUGAUGCAGCAGAUCACGUCCGCGGUGGAUUACCUGCACACCAAUUGGAUCUUGCACCGCGAUCUCAAAACGUCCAAUAUUCUCCUCAACAACAGGGGAGAGAUCAAGCUGGCUGAUUUCGGCAUGGCAAGGUAUUACGGGGAUCCCGCGCCGCCUGGACUGACGCAACUCGUCGUCACGUUGUGGUACCGAGCCCCGGAGCUACUUCUGGGGGCGGAGAAAUAUGACCAGGCGAUCGACAUAUGGAGUCUAGGCUGCAUAUUCGGGGAGCUCUUGAAGAACGAACCGAUCCUGCAGGGCAAAAACGAAGUCGACGAGCUGGCCAAGAUCUUCGCGCUCUGCGGCGUACCCACGGCGGAGUCCUGGCCGCGCUUUCGCUCCCUCCCCAACGCGCGCGGCCUCAAAUUGCCGCGUCCCGUCUCGGACAAGCCCUCGUCGAAGAUUCGCAGCACAUUCCCGGAGCUGUCGAGUUCGGGCGCGAGAUUGCUGGAGGAGAUGCUUGCCUUGAAUCCGAACCGCCGGCCGGAUGCGGCGGAGAUACUGGAGCAUCCGUGGUUCGUGGAGGAUCCGCGACCGAAAAACAAGGACAUGUUCCCAACGUUCCCAAGUAAAGCUGGGAUGGAAAAGAGAAGAAGAAUAAAAACUCCACAGGCGCCGAGGGGCGGAGAAGCCCCCAGGCUGGAAGUUAUUGAUCUUAGUGGGAUGAUUGGGUGAUGGCGAGUGUGAGAAAGCGCUUGCAAGACUUUCCUACAUAUGAGGAGACAGACCACAUCUCCGUCUCGUGUGAUACACAAUUAGAACACCGCGAAUUGAAAGCAUAACCGAAACGAGUGCAGCAAUUCAUUCUUAGCACACUGCAAACACCCGUGUUUCGAAGACAAAGACCUCCCGACAGAGACAACGCCCACCCGAGUCCAGACCGUUUUCAAGCUCUUGCUCGUCUACGUACAACCGAUGCUUUUUGUUCAACGACCAAACCAUGCAGCCGCUCAGUUUUCGCGCCGUUGUUCAUAUUCAAAACCACACCCAGACGCCAGAACAUGGAAUAAUAGCACGCCGAUCAAAAGUUCGCCAAAAAGGAUUAGGUCGAGGUUAAACGGAUGCGAUGAUCUUUCCAACAUCCCUCACGAUCCGUUGAUACUCCUUCAACAACUCCUCCAGCUCUCCGACCCUUAGGUCCCGCACGUCCUUGCACUCGAUGAAUUUCUUACUUGGUGGCGCCAUCUUCUUCAGCUCUUGCACGGCGGAAAGGGCUUUUGCAUCUGAGGAACUUCUGCUCCUG